UAAUAUCUAAAUCAAAGUUUGAAUCUUCCUCUUUAUUCAUUGGUUCAUUUUUACACUCAAUGAGAAAAAUUCAGUCUUUAAACUUGUGCUAUUCACCCCAGAACCAACAAGAAGGGGAAAUCAAAUAGUGAUUGAUAUUCAACAUAUCCCCAAAGAAUAAAUCUGAAGCAAGCUGCUUUUAAUUUGUUGUUUAGACAAUUGUGAGGUUACGAGCCGUCAUUAUCGAAGUAGUUCUUCUCUCUUUUUUUUUUUUUGAGCAAAGUAGUGCCUCUCUAAAGACAAGUUAAUCCUAGUUUGUUUUUAAAGUGUAUAUUUCUGUUGGGAUUUUUCUGUCUCCUACCGCCUCUUUGACCUUUAAUGAUGGACUCAUAGUUUGGUGCAAAGUGACAAAAGGAGGAAAAAAAGCCGAUCUUGGAGAUCUUACUUCUUUUUCUGGGCAAUUCUUGUCUAGUUGCAGAGGAAGUCAGAGAAAACAAUGGGGAUCGUUUCAGAAGAAGCCAUUGAUGAAUUCCAGGAGCUGGUAGAUCAAGUUGAGGAGCCAUUGAAGAAAACAUUUGAGAGUGUCCAUCAGGGAUACUUGAGAGAGACUUUGAGCCGUUUUCUAAAAGCACGAGACUGGAACGUAUGCAAAGCUCAUACAAUGCUGGUUGAGUGUUUGCGUUGGAGGGUGGAUAAUGAAAUCGACAGUAUCCUAUCCAAACCUAUUGUUCCUACUGAGUUGUAUAGGGACGUACGAGAUUCUCAACUCAUAGGAAUGCCAGGUUACACCAAAGAGGGAUUGCCUGUCUUUGCUAUCGGCGUUGGCCUCAGCACAUUCGACAAAGCUUCUGUUCACUACUAUGUCCAAUCCCACAUCCAAAUCAAUGAAUACAGAGACCGCGUAUUACUGCCUUCUGUGUCUAAGAAGAAUGGGCGACCAAUUACCACCUGCGUGAAGGUUCUAGACAUGACAGGGUUGAAACUUUCAGCGCUAAGCCAAAUCAAGUUAGUGACUAUCAUAUCGACCAUCGAUGAUCUAAACUAUCCAGAGAAGACAAACACGUACUAUGUUGUGAACGCUCCAUAUAUAUUUUCUGCGUGUUGGAAGGUUGUAAAACCUCUUUUACAAGAGAGGACGAGGCAAAAAGUUCAUGUGCUAUCCGGUUGCGGAAAGGAUGAAUUAUUGAAGAUUAUGGACUUCACAUCCCUCCCACAUUUCUGUAGACGAGGAAGCUCUGGGUCAUCUCACCACACUCAGAGUGCAGAUUGUUUUUCUAUUGAUCAUCCAUUCCAUCAACAGCUAUACAACUAUGUGAAGCACCAUUAUGAAACCCAAGGACAAGCAGAACCUGCAAAGCAAGGAUCAUUCCACGUGGGUUUUCCUGAUCCUGAAGCUGAACGUGUCGAGAUAGCCAAAACCAUAGAAACGGAACUGCACAAGAUCGAGAUAUGCAACGGUCUAGGCAAGCCCGUUGAUGACAGAAAACCAAGUCUAUGAAAACGUGGAAGAUGGUGAACGAUGAAUACUUCUGAGGGAGUUCCUUCAGUGCCUUCACAGUUAGAUGUAUUUUACGGGUGAGCUAGCAUUUCAGAUGAGUAAGUGAGUACUGAGUACUGAGCUCUGUCCUCACCCUAGCCAUGCAAGUGUAAGAUGAAGAAAAGAGAACAAAUCUUGAACUGAAUGUAUAGUCUUUUAUUUGAUCCUAUGGAUAAAACAGUUAUAGGAAAUAUUAUUUGUAUUUCUAACACGCUUUUAUUGCAUCUC